AUGUGGCUGAAAGCGUUCAGUAUAGCCGUAUUGGCGUUAUGUGCUGGAGCGGCAGCGUCGAAUUUGGACCGUUAUGAAGGCUACAACAAAUACACAGUCUUCCACGAUGGCGAAGAUGCCUUCAACUAUCUUGUCGAUUUACAAACAGAAUCAACAGAACUGGACUUUUGGCUGCUAACACGCAAUAUGUCCGUCGUCACAGUAUCACCGACAGAGCAAUCCACAUUUGAGGCGCGCUUGAACGAAUUGAAUGCACAAUUCGUGGCUAAGCCGCUGAUGGAGGAGAUGUUUGCUUUCAAUGAAACACUCGGUGCCUGUGAGGGUUCUGAAUGUGAGCUAAAUCGCCCAAGACGACAGGCGCGCGGCUUCUUCUCGCACUUUCCGCGCUACUCAGAAGUCUUAAAUUAUAUGAGCGCUUUGGCUGCUCGCCACCCGCAAAAUUGCCGCUACGAAUCGCUUGGUCGCUCCUCUGAGGGUCGCCACAUAGCGGCGCUCUCCAUAUCGCUCAACAGCCGAGUGCGUGAUCGUCGUGUGGCCUACAUACAGUCGGCGACACACGGACGUGAGUGGAUUACACCGCUAACUGUGCUUUAUUUGGCCAAUGAACUGUUGAACAAUUUGCGCGCAUUCCAAAGGGUGUUGCAAGAUGUCGAAAUUUAUUUGGUGCCACUGGUCAAUCCUGAUGGUUAUGAGUACUCCUUCACGAAUGAUCGCUUUUGGCGCAAGAAUCGUCAUCGCUACGGUGGUCGCUCCUGUGCUGGUGUGGAUAUCAACCGCAACUUCCCGAACAACUGGAACUAUAAUGGCGCCAGUCAAAAUCUUUGUUCCGAAGUCUAUUCCGGCACUGGUCCCACAUCGGAGCCUGAGACAGCGGCAGUCGCACGUUAUUUGGAAUACAAUCGCCAUCGCGUGAAACUCAGCUUGGAUGUGCACUCGUUUGGCAAGUUCUUGUUCUAUCCUUACGGUUAUUCGAGGAAUGCCGUUGCCCCCACCCGCAACCUGCUGCAUUCGGUUGCUCAACGCGCCGCCAACCAAAUCGCCAAAUACCGUGGCACCCAUUACACUGUCGGCACUUCGGCUAGCAUACUUUACGAGGCUUCUGGCGGUUUAGACGAUUAUGCUUAUGGCAACUUGGGCAUCCCCAUGUCCUUCACGGUCGAGUUGCCCGGUGAGAACUUCCAAGUGGCGCCAUCCGAUAUCAUUCACAUCUGCAAGGAGACAUUCGCCGGCUUCAUCGAGUUUAUUCGACACGUUAGCUUGUAUUAGUGUAAGAGAGGGGGGACUGUUCGGCGUGUUCUGCAGUCGUGUUGAAUGUUAAUUACUUAAGUAAUGCAAUUUUUU